GAAACUACAUUUUUUCUUCAUUGCCUCAUCAGCUUUGUCUUAAGUUUCAUAUAAUCCGCGGAAGUUUGCAAGGUAAAUUCGAUUCAAAGAAAAAGCAAUACACUCGAGUAUUUUUUACCAAGAUACCUACCAUGCCUCUCAAGAUUCACAUUGUAGGAGCUGGCAUUGGUGGCUUAACUGCGGCAAUUGCUUUGAGAGAACAAGGCCAUGAAGUUACUAUUUUCGAACAAUCCCAGUUUGCCUCGGAAUAUGGGGCUGCGAUUCACAUUCAACCGAAUGCGAAUGGAAUAUUGAAAAGAUUGGGUGUAUUUCUGGAGGAGAGCGGCGCGAAUUCUUUGGAUUGGAUGACAGAGUAUACAUCAACCGGUUCGCUGAAGCGAAGUAUGGAUCUAGUCGAGGUAGACAAGCAAUGGCAUCAUCCCUGGUUUUUAGCCCACCGCGUGCAACUUCACUCCCAUCUUAAAUCAAAAGCCCUCACAUUAUCUCCCCCACACCCUCCCAUUACCCUCCUCACCUCCCACAAAGUAACCGCUCUCGAUCCCACCACAUCCACCGUGUAUUUCUCAGACGGUACAUCCUGCACCGGCGAUUUGAUCAUCGGCGCAGAUGGCGUCCAUAGCCUCACUCGUUCCUUUGUGCAAGACCCAGAAUGCAAUAUCUCCCCCUUCGCGUGUGGAAAAAGCGCCUACCGUUUUCUUCUCCCCCGUUCCUCUGUUCUCUCUAAUAUCAAAACCGCAAAAUUCAUGCAGAAAGAUGGCGAACUAAUCAUGUGGUUUGGAACUGAUCGGCGUGUGAUAAUUUAUCCGACUUCUUCUAAUUCUUUGCUUAAUUUUGUUUGUAUACAUCCUAAUGCAUUAUCCGAAAACACUGAUGACGGAGAAGGAUGGGGAAAGGGGGGUGAUAAGGAGAAUUUGCUGAGGAUUUACAAGGGUUGGGAUGAAGAUAUGUUGGAACUGUUGAAAAUGGCUCCUUUGUCUGAUGAUUCUGAUACAAAUGCAAUCGGUACUCUCAAAGUCUGGCGUCUUCUUGACAUGCAUUCACUUCCAACUUUCACGAAGGAAAAUCUUGUGCUACUAGGCGACGCAGCACAUCCAUAUCUGCCUCAUCAAGGUCAAGGAGCCGGCAGCGCCAUUGAAGAUGCUGCUGCUUUAGCUGUCGUUCUCCAGGGGGAUGUGAGGAAAGAAGAUAUUCAGGAACGUUUGAAACUAUACCAGGAAAUCAGAAUGGGAAGAGCUCAUCGGAUUCAGGAAUUUUCAAGGGUUCUGGGAAAGGAUCCUGGGGAGGGAGAUGAUGUUGUCAUUGAUAUCCGCCAAUUCGUCAACCACAACUUGCAACAUGACGAAUGGGAUAAUUCUACCCAUGAAUUCAGAAAAUGGAUGUGGAAACGCAAUCCUGAGCUAGCUACUUACUAUUUGAGGCCAGCUAGUUUCGGACCCCUCCCCUCUCCUGAUGUACCUCAUCAAUACAUAACCAAAGAUGUUUCGUCAGGAUCUACAGUCCUAUCCGUUUCAAAUGCCCCCUUCAAUUCACCUCUCACAAAAACCACAGCAAUACUAACCUUCACAACCUCACGCACACUCCUCCAAAACUUCUUCCCCAUCGAUUCUGACAAAUUUCGCAUUAUCCAUCCUGGGUGUAUCUCAACCGCUUCUUGGCGAUGGACUCGUUGGGUUCUCAGUACUCCAAAAGAAUCCGAGGAUGACAAUGUAGAUUUGUCUCCGGAGACAUAUGAACAACUAUGGUUUUGCAUCGAGGAUGUGGAGUAUGUUACAGAAGACAGGAAAGUUCUGCGAGGAACAUUUGUGCCAAUGGUUUUUGAAGUUACUUCUGUGCAUAGGUCCAUUUCGCAAAUCGUCAGGAGUGAUGGUGAUGAAGAACAAGAGCUGGAGAUGAGCACACAUGAAAUGUACAUUUUUAGUCGAGAAACCGGACAAAGAAUCGGGACUUUCAAUCUUGAUAAUUUGGUCGAAGUAUCAAAAGAACAGCAGGAUGGAGAUCAAAGUAAAGAUCAAAACAAAGAUAAGCACGAAGAAGGUUUCCUGUCAUGGAGAUACGAAGGUCUUUCACCCGCAACUCUCAACCCUACAACUCCAACUCCAAACCCAAACACAAUCCAAGGAAAAAUUCACUACACACCUUCUUCAUCUCCUUCUCCCUCUCCAUUACAAACCAUCAGAAAAUCCACCUCCACCUCCACAUCCUCAUUCUUCAAGACCCCAACCUAUAAAGAUACAGGCACCACCCCGCACGAAACCACGCAUUUCUCCUCCAGCCCUAAAUUCAAACCCGUUCAUCUCGAACAUGAAGAUAAAGAGGAGAGAGCAAUAAUAGAGCAUAUGAUUUCGAGAUUGGGGGAAGUACCUUGCUACAGUGUUAUGGACACUAGUGUGGAAGUUGUUGAGACGGUUUGAGUGUGCAUGUGGUGGAGAGGAGGUGGGCUAGCUGGGUAGGUAUGUAGUUGUGAUUUAUGAAUCAUGAUGAUUCGUGUACAAGCGAGCUGAGCUUCGUGUGAGAAUGUGAGAUUCAAGGAAAAUAUGUAGAUAUUACAAGGGAGCUUUGGUUACGGGAUGGGUGGAUAUGUACACCUGUAUGUAUAUAUUCAUCAUGUAUAUGGAAUUCUAAUUUUCAUAAGAAGAUUUCAACUUUUUAAUAUUACAUUCGGAUAUCUAAAUCACAGACAAGCAAAUGAUGCCUUGUUUCUCUUCAUUAUUGUUUUCUAUUACUAUCAGUAUUACCAUCACUGACACUAUCACAUCCGUUUUCAUAUCUCAAAUGUAUUAUCAACCGAUUCA